AUGCUUCGUAGACAAGCAAGACAAAGAAGAGAAUAUUUAUACCAGCGGUCGCUCAAGCUGCAGGACAGCGUUGUUGCGAAAAAGCGCCAAAUGCUCCGGGCAGCUAUCGAAUCAGGCCGUGAACUUCCCAAAGAACUGGCAGACGAUGAAGACCUGCAGGCAGACUUCAAAUUCGACCAAUCUCUCAAGGAGGAUGUUGACGACGAGUACAGCGAACUAAGUGGUAUCCAGGAUCCCAAGGUGGUUGUCACGACAAGCCGUGAUCCGUCGGCAAGGCUGGCUCAGUUUGCCAAAGAGGUGAAGCUGCUUUUCCCCACAGCUGUGCGGGUGAACCGUGGUAAUUCCGUAUUGCCGUCGCUGGUUGGUGCUUGCCAGCGCUCGGCCUCAACAGACCUCCUGCUCAUCCACGAACACCGCGGUGUCCCCACAGCGUUAACUGUUUCUCACUUCCCUCACGGCCCAACCGCCCAGUUCAGUUUGCACAAUGUGGUUUUGCGUCAUGACAUCUUGAAUGCUGGCAAUCAAAGUGAAGCUUACCCACAACUUAUUUUCGAUAAUUUCACCACCCCGCUUGGCCAGCGUGUGGUUACUAUUCUGAAGCAUUUGUUCCCUCCUGGAGCCAAAAAGGACUCGUCCAGAGUGAUCACUUUUGCCAACCGCAAUGACUACAUCAGUGUCCGCCAACAUGUAUACGUUCGAACCCGUGAGGGUGUUGAGCUUGCUGAGGUCGGUCCUCGUUUUGAAAUGCGUUUGUACAACCUCAAGCUCGGAACCAUUGACAACAAGGAUGCUGAUACGGAAUGGCAGUAUAGAGGCUUUGUUCGCACCGCCAACCGCAAGGACUAUUUGUAA